AUGGCAGAAAACUCUAAUAUGUCUGUUACUCCAAUUGAUAUAUCUAUGCGAAAAUCUAGUCAUUGGAGUACAACAUGUAACUAUUGUAAUGAAUUUUGGUACAAAGGCUCUCCUGCUAUCCUUGAAGAUCAUUUAGAUAAUUCGUAUGUUCUUUCUGGUCGCUAUUUGGCACAAGAAACAGCAUUUGUUAAUCAGGCAAUAAACAAACAACUAACUGAUUCAAAAAAUUUAACUAUUGAAAAUACCCUUAAAACUCUGGCAGAAGAAAAUUUAAUCGAAGGUGGUGGUCUUAAACAUUGGAUUCAUAAUAAUAAUUCAGAUAUUGUAAAUACUUUGGUACAAGCAAUCUUACACACUAGAGCAUUUUUUGAUAAUUUAAAAGCUUUGGCAUUUGCACAAGAAACAUUUCGAUGUAUUAUUCUUGCGACUGAUAACUUCUAUGAAAAAUUAGGUAAAACUCAAAAAGAAAGAAAAAUGUUAAUGUCUCAAUUAAGAAAAAAACAACCCACCAGUAAAGAAGUACAAGAUAAUGAGUUUCUGGAAGAAAAAACACUUAAAAUUAAGGAAUUAUUGAAUAUUGAUGUAGCUGAUUUUACAAAUGACUUAGGCGAAAUAGUUUUUACUGCUAAUUUCGAGUCUUCUGAAGAGGAAGAUAGUAAUAUUCAAAAUAAUGAUUUCAAGAGCAAUGUUAAUAAAGGCAAUUGGGAUCCUGAAAAAGAGGCUAAGUCAAUGUUAGAUUAG